AUCUACGCUAGAAUUUUCGCGCCUCACGCAUAAAAUAUUAGCUUUGUUUAAAAAAAAUCAUUUAAAAUCUCUAUUUAAAUAAAUAUUAUAUAUUCUUUAAACUCGAACUUAUUUACAAUAAGCUAAAAUCUAUCAAAAAAUUAUGGAAAAAGAACCGUUUUUCGAUGAAAUUUGCUCCAAAUUAAAUAUUGAUUCUGUUGUAAGAAAAAAUGCAUAUUUACAAUUUAAAGAAGUGUCCAAAAAUACUAUUCUCAAUGGAGAUAUUAAACAUUGGAUUUGCUGCGCAAUUUUUACUGCUUGUUCAAAGACAAAAAUUCCUACUGUGUCAAUUUGUGAAAAUUUUGUCCAAGGAAAUGGAAUUUCGCUUGUAAAGUUAAUAAAUGAAUGCAAUUUGAACAUUUUCUCAUUUUUUGAAAAAAUUGAAAUUUGGUUAAAAGUUUCAUCAGUGCCGAAUGUUAUCUCACAAAAAGUAGAAACUUUAAAGAGAAACUUUCAACUUUCACAGCUAAUAUACAAGGAAUUCAGUAAUAUGUUUACUAAACUUUUUCAUUGCAACGAUCAAUUCUUAAAAGAUGAUGUCAACAUUACAAAGAAUAAAAAGAAAACCAAUUCAGUACCAUAUUCAGCACAAAAUCUAUUCGAGAUGUGCUGGACCUUAUAUAUCUGUAUCAAAGGAUACUCUCCUGUUGAUAAACCAAAUGAUCUAGUAGCUUCAAUUCAUUUGUUAACAUGUUGUAUAAAUUUUAUAUUUGAAAACACAAUUAACGAUAAUCGAAGAGAUCUUAUAAAUUCUUCGUUUCCUGGACUACCAAAUGACUUUUUUUCUCCAUCAUUUGAUUCAACUAAUGAACAGUUUCCCAUAAUAGAAAAUUUGUGCGACGAUAAAUUUAUUGCAAGCAAAACCAAUCAUUAUGAGUUUAGUAUAAAACAUUUUCUUUCUGAAAGACAAAUGCAUGGGGUUAAAAACGAUUUUUUAUCUGUGGACAAAUUUGACAAAAACUUUAAAAAACUUAAUGAACUGUAUGAGAUAUUAAUUUUAACUUGUGGACAAUUCGAUGAGCGUAUAUUUUUGUCGCAUCCCGAUAUUGGAUCGAAGUUUUAUGGGAAAAGCAUUUCUCUUCAUAAUACACAACUUAUAAAUUCAGCAGCUUUAAUACCACAAACUCCUUUAUCAGGUCAAGAGUUGUCGUAUAAUGUAGCUAAUAAACUGUCUCCAAUUUCAAGUUAUAAACAAAAUGUGCAAAAAUUGCAAGCAUUAUGCAAUAGCACAACAUAUCCCCAAAAUUCUUUAAAAAUUUUGCUAUGUUCCUGCUCAGAUUCUAUUUUAAAUAAUCUUGAAGAGAGGCUCAAGAAAAUGAAAGAAAUAUUCUGUAACAAGAUGGGAAACAGCAUUGAUCGUUUUCAAAUUGCCGAAAUUCUCUAUUUUCGAUUAUUAGAAAAUAUAAUUCAUGCAGAGAUAAAAACUCAUGGGAGGUUUGAUUUGUUUAUUAGAGAUAACGAUUUCAACAAAACUCUGAUAGUUUUAUGCUUGGAGAUAGUUCUGUUUGCAUUUUCUCUUCAUAGAAAACUAACGACACUCUUAGAAUUUUUUAAUUUAGAAGCUUUCCAUUUCUACAAGUUAAUUGAAGUUGCAAUAAGAAACAACAAAGAUUAUUUUACUAAUGACAUGAUUAAACAUUUGAAAGCUAUUGAAGAACAAUGUUUAGAUUCAUUGGCAUGGUCUUCGGGAUCAUUACUUUGGGAAAAAAUACAGGAGUACAACAAAAAAUUACCUAACAGUCAUGAAGUUGAUACAAGUUUACAAAGCACAAGCAGCCCAAACAAUAACCAAACUCCAAGAAGUAUAAGAUUAUUUUUACGGAAAUUUUAUCAACUAGCACAUUUGCGGUUAAAAGAUCUUUGCAAAAACCUACAAUUUACAAAUAAUUCGGAAUUAUUGCGAAAGAUAUGGACCUUAUUUGAAUAUGCUAUGUUGGAACAUACAACUUUAAUAAAGGAUAGACAUUUGGAUCAAAUCCUAAUGUGUUGUGUAUAUGUUCUGUGCAAAAUUCGGCCUAAUGAAAAUCGACACACAUUUGCUGACAUAAUGAAAUUUUACAGAAGUCAACCUCAAGCAGAUUCUCACAUUUACCGUAGUGUUUUUAUUGAAUAUAUGCAAAAUGAUAAAGCUGAUGAAAUAUUUGAAAGUCAAUUAAGUAAAUCUAAGGCUACAGAACCAGAAGUUGUAUGCGGGAGGAAUACAAUAUACGGCAAAGAAUCAAGAGGAGAUAUUAUUUAUUUUUAUAACAAAGUAUUUGUUCCAAAGAUGCAACAAUUUGCCAUGAGAUUUUCAACGUCAUCGCAAAAUAACUUACUGCUAUCUCCUUUGCCCCAUUCAAAACCUUCGAUCUCACCAAGGAAAGUUUCACCAUACCAUGACGUUUAUGUACAACCAUUGAUAAAACAAAGUAUUCUUUCUCCAUCAGCACAAACUUUAACUUUCACGAUUGAGCAAAGCCCUUCAAAGGAUCUUCAAAAAAUCAAUUCAAUGAUUAAUCAAAAUCGAAAGGGUUCAGUUGCAAAACGAUUUAACAUGGACUGCGAUUUUGCAUCAAAUAAAGUCUCUAAAGAGUCAUCAUUACAUCUUCUUAUUUCCGAUCGUCAAGAGGUCCAUAACUAAUUUUAAUUCAUUUAACAUAAAAAAACCGAAAUUCUUUAUUUCAAUAUACAUAAUUACUUUUAAUUGAAAAAAGUAAUCAGUUCAAAUAAUUUUUUAAAACAUUGUUUAGUUUUUUUUUAUAGUAACCAUUGAUUUAAUGUAAUAUAAACGACAACUCAAAGCUUCAUUUAGAAGCCAUUUGAAGCAUCGUGUCGUUGCCUACUUUGUGUUGUUCGAAAUAAUUAUUUUACACGAUUUAAUAUUAAAAUAUAAAAUUAAUUAAUGAGAUUAAAACUCAUAAAUAAUAAAUAUAAAUUUCAUUUUGAAACCAGUUUGUAUCGCUUUCAUUGAAAAAUAAUAUGCUUAUAUCAAUUUUGACUGGCUGGUUUGGUGCGACGAGUGCCUUGAAGAGGAAGUACUUGGAGAUUUCUAAUUUAAGCUGCUAAUUCAUUUGUAGUUUUUUUUAUGUAAAUUUUGUUUGUUAAAUUAUAAGUGCAUAUUUAAGCAAAAAAAAUUACAAAAGUCCUCGUGU